UCUACCCGAACAAAGACAUUUCGUUAAGUUGGCAGCACUGCUAUAACCACAUAACCUCACUAUUACAUGUUUUGACGUUUCCCGUGCUUUUCAACGAAAAAAAUGGAUUUAAGAGGUUUCGUUCAUCAAGAAUUACCCCCCGAAAUAGUGGAAAGCAACGUUGAGGGAGGUAAAUUUAUGAACCAAUUCAUGAAAACUCACAUACCGCAUAAGGAUAUCACAAGGGAUGGUUCCAACUUCCGUUUUUUGCUGCACAAAUUCAGAACGGCCAAAAAAAUUAAGCGCAAGGGGGUUAAAAAGACGUUUUUGACGAGGAAGGAACGGAGGGAGUUGGAGAUGUUAAAAUUGCCCAAAGCAGGUUGGAAUUAUAACUCCCUGCAAUCUAUUCGCAAUAUGUGGCGCGAAUAUAUGACGCAGAACUUAGAUUUAUGCGAUACAACUAAUAAAAUCCCAAAGUGUACUGAUUCGGAAUGGACUGCUUUUAGCACGAUUUUAGCUAAAUCUGAACUUGUCGGGGCUGAAUUGGAAGUAGUUAGGUCUAAAACACCAAGCUUGGUGGGUAUGAUCGGUACCUUAGUUUUAGAGACAAAAAUGACUCUGCAAAUUGUAACAAAGGACAAUAAAUUAAAAAUUGUACCCAAGGAAUGUUCAGUGUUUGAAUUUAGGUUAAACAACAUGAAAUUUACAGUUUUUGGUAAACAAAUAAUGACAAAACCCAGUGAAAGAAGUGCUAAAAAGAUUAAAGGACAAAUGUACCCAGAUUUGUAACCAAAAAUAAAUUAUUUUAUAACUAAAAAUGCUUAUGUUAUCACCCACAACACUAUAGUUUACAUUUUUGUUUAUAACUUUCUUAACGUUGGUUUACGUAAAAUUGGC